AUGACUCCCGCCAACCAUGAGCGAUGAGUGACCAUAUGGUCGAGCUCGGAAUCUGACUAGAUCUGGCUUCAAUUCAACCCGGCAUCCCAUCAAUCUGGCGACAUACUGAUCGGAUACCAUAAAGGACAUCACAGCCUCGGGGUGUCAACGGGGGAAUGUCACCGCUAUCAGUUGUGAUAUAAAAAUGGCUCCAGUAUGAAAUUCUACGCGUUUGUCACCGUACUCGCCACAAUAGUGGCUUCUGCUCUCGGCCAGACGAUCGAGCUGGGAAGCCCCAAGAACGGAGACGUCUUGACAAUUGGAAAGAACUUCACAGUCCAAGUUGUUCAGCCGGAUUCGUUGGCAUCUGUUAUCCAGAUCGGCAUCGCCCUUUCCAUUGAUAACUGCAAUAACGGAGUGUGUCCGCAACCUACUGACCAACUCGGGGAUGUCCUUUAUGCUGGACCUUGGACCCCCACGGGGCACGCUCAGGGUGGCUUCUACCAGAAUUUCACUUUCCAGCUGAAUCAAUACUCUACAACUGGACCGGCCGUUUUUACUUUGAGUCACUUCUGCCUGCUCGGAGCUGGCCCGGUCCCAUUCACGGAGUUUAGGAACGCGUCUGUGACCAUCCAGUCAUGAUACAACAUUGCAAAGUACUUACGGAUCGAACAAUGGACUAUAUUUCUUUGUAUAUGGUAGUCGUUACAGGACAUUCCAGGAGCUGACUCGUACUGUUUCUAUGUUCUUGAGUCCAAUUGAAGUUAGAUUGGUGAU